AUGUCCACAACAUCGGAAAUAUCGAUGGAAGAAAUGGAGGGGUGUAGUGGAAGCCUUACGGAGGCUGUGAGUCCAUCAACAGGAGCAGUAACCAAGAUGAGAAAGGUGUCGGUUGAUAAAGGACCGGAAAAGCUAAAAGAUAGCAUGGCAUCGGUGAAGAAUAUAAUGGGAUGGUUCAUGACAACGACGAUGCAUGAUCUUAUAGGUAAAACCUUCACUGUGGAGAGGAAAAAAGCGUUUUCGCAGAAGAUCAUGGAAUUGGAAAGGGCGAUUACUGUAAUGAUGAAUCAAUGUGGUGUGGCUAAUGCAAAGUUGGAAGAAAGUAGGUACAGUAACGAAAAGCUAAUAGACAGAUUAUGCGAAAUUAGAAAGGAGAAGGAAAUGAUGGAAGUAAGAGUAAUGGAACUAGAAAAAGGGAACACCAGAACAAGGGAAGAAGAGGACGGGGAUAGCUCUAGAAUGCCUCCGCCAAACAUGGUGCCAUCAUAUUCUCAAGCGGUAAGGAAUAGGAACAGGGAGGAAGGAUUAAAGGAAAAGAACGAUAGAGUAACUGAGAGAGCAAGAUCAAGGUCCUCAAAAAGGAAUAAAAUAAGAAAGGAGUGUAAAGAACAAACACCACAGGUGCCGUUUGAACUUAAUAUUGGAGACGGGGAGGCACACAACACAAAGGAAGAACUGUGGAUGGAAGUUACCAAAAAGGUAACGGUUCCGAAGAUGACGUUGCUCAAGAAAAAUGACAAGCUAAUAAUUACUGCGAAGGAUGAGGAGACUCUAAAGGCACUAAAAGAUAUUGCCACAGAGGACAAAAGGAUUAAGGAAAGAAGUGCAAGGUGGCCCAAACUCAUGGUAAAGGGAGUAGACAAAGAGAUACCAGGAGAUCAAAUAUCUCGGGCAAUUGCUUUCUCAAAUAGGGAAAUUGGGGUAGAACUGGUAGAGGCGGAGAGAAAUAUAAAGCCAUUGUUUAGAAAGGGCCCAAGACAUAUGGAUACGGUGAAUUGGGUGAUAGAAGUGGCACCAGGACUAAGUGAAAGAAUAAUGAAGAUGGGAUAUGUUUACAUUAAAUGGAAUAGAUGCAAGGUGCAAGAAUUCUAUGAUGUGUCACAAUGCUUCAAGUGUUUGGGGUUCGGACACAUCAUGACUAAAUGCAGGCAGGAGGGAUUUAGAUGUAAACAUUGUGCGGGAACACAUGACUCAUGGAACUGUAUGACCAAGGAGAAUGUCAAGUGCUACAAUUGUGGUCAACAGCACAUUGCAACAUCCGACAUUUGUAUCACAAAAGAAAGGAAAAUAAGAGACCAACUUAGGAGGACAGAUUAUGGUGAUAGACAUGGCGAAUCUACCCAACUGUCAUGA